AUAUUGUUGAAAUUGUUGUCUUCUCCAGUCCUCUAUGUUCGUAAACACAAGCGCGGUUUCCAAGAUGGCUUCUUGUUCGGUGGUAAAUAUUCAAUGUCCAAAUGGCCGGCGACAAAAAGUUAAAUUGACUGCGCAUAUGACUUUAUUGCAGGUUAUACAAGAAGUGUGCAAGAAACAGGAUCUAGAUUCAAAUAAGUAUAAACUUAAACAUCAAAGAAAAACAUUGGACAGUAGCCUUACAAUACGGUUUGCAAAUCUUCCAAAUAAUGCUCAUCUUGAAUUAAUCGAAUCAGCUGAUGGACACCAGCAUACUGUAAAGAAGUGUGUCGUUGCUCUACAACUUGAGAAUGGUGAACGUCUUGUCCAAGAGUUUAAUUCAGAUAAUACGCUUUUCAACAUAUUAAUGCACUGGAAAUCUCAAAGUAAAGGUCUGACGUUUGAGGAUACUUUAGACGGCGUGGUAUGCAUCUACGCCAACCAACAGAUACGCGGUUUAGAAAAACUCCGAACAACUACACUGUCAAUGAUAGGUUUAAACGAUGGUCGAGGUGUGAUAAGAGUUAUUCAACCGAAUUUGUCAAAACCAGAGGAAGAUAAAGCCGUAGAGGAAGGAGCUGCUGAAACAGCGACAGCCACGCAAGAGACGGUCAUGUCUGAAACUCAUGGAAAACAAUCCAGUGAAGAUAUGGAGGUAGCAUCAGCAAGCACGAGUGAUAUUUCAAUGGCGAGUCAAAUCAGCGAAGAUGAUUCCAUGCAAUGUAGCGAGAUCAGAGCCAGAGAUAAAGCACAUCAAGUUGGUAACUUAGAAACAGAAUCUCACAAGCCAAAGAAAAUAGACAGAAAUAUCCGCGAUGCUAUGGACAUUGAACUAUGUGAGAGCAAACCUAAGAAGGUCGGCCAAUCAGAGGCUGGGAUGGACAAGCUCAACCAAUCAGAUGUUGGGCUGGUUGAGCUCAGCCAAUCAGAGGCUAGGCUGGUCAAGCUCAACCAGUCCGAGGCUGAACAUUCAAAGCCAAAGGGUAAAAGCGGGAAAGGUAAAAAUGCCAUGGACAUUGAACAGUCUGACGCCCAGGCAGGAGAGGGGAGUGGAGAGAUUUGUUCUGUAGUUACAGAGGAUAGUGUACAAGAAGCGAACUUACAUCCACCCCCUCUGGAGUCUGUAGCGUCAACAUCAGAUGGCAGGACUGCAAACCAAGUGCGAGCAUUCAGCGGAGUUGGAAGAACUUUAAGUGAUAGUGGUCCUGACGUAAAGAAAGCCCGCAUUCAAUCACCCCCUUCUUCAAACAAAGUAACCAAUGAACCCUCAAUUGAGAGCGAUAUUCCCCUGCCUGACAGAGAGCCUUUAGCGUUUCGCAUGGGAGAGAACGUGCCCGUAUCCUCAGACGAGAUAUCUGACGAUUUCUUUGAGGUCACAGUUGAUGAUUUGCGAUUGAUGUUGAAGGAUCUUAAGAAUGACAGGACGGUAGAGAAACCUUUGAUGACAACGAAAAUGAGAGAGGAACAAGAGAAAAGCAAAAUACAUAAAUAUAAUAAGGUUGCCAUCAGAAUCCACUUUCCUGAUCGGACUGUUCUGCAAGGAUUUUUCUCACCGCAAGAAACUGUUUCAGAUGUCAUUUCGUUUGUGAGCGAAAAUCUUCAUCAAAGAAACACGAACUUUUAUCUUUACACAACGCCACCAAAGAGAAUACUCGAUAAACCAAAUUUAACUUUAUUUGAAGCGAAACUUUUCCCCACAGCAAUAGUCCAUUUUGGCAGUCCACAAGUUCAGGAGAGUUAUUUACACACACAUCUUCUUCAAAAGAUGGCGGAUUUCACCGCCGCUAACGAGAAAUUAGGCCAAAGACCUUUAACAUCCUCAUCAACAAUGGAAGUUAACACAGGCACAUCCAGUAAAUCGCAGAGCAGUGUUCAGAGCGAUCAGCCUAAGAGAGAAGACGCUGCACUAACAAUACCGGUGCAAGAAUCCGAUGAAAGUCAGGAGAAUACGAGACAAAACGUUAAGAAAUCUGUUCCCAAGUGGUUUAAAAUAGGCAAAUGAUUUAUGACAAGAGAGGACUUGUGGCUAUGAAUUGGAGUUUUCGGGACUAGUGUGCUUGACGGAGCAUUUCAGACAGUGAAUUU